AUGAAUUUGAGCCGAGGCUUGUGUUUUCUGGCUGCCUUGUAUUGCACUGUGAUCUUGUAUGAAGUUGUGGAAUCAGCAGAAGACUACUACAAAGUUCUUGGAGUGAAACGGAAAGCAACACAAAAAGAAAUAAAGAAGGCAUUUAGAAAGCUCGCUCUUAAAUACCACCCUGAUAAGAACAAAGCAAAAGAUGCAAAUGAGAAAUUUCUUAAGAUCACAAAAGCUUAUGAAAUAUUGAGUGACCCAAAGAAGAGACAAAUAUAUGACAUGUACGGAGAUGAGGAUCAGAAAUCAGCACCCCCAGGAUCCCAACAGGGAGAUUUUAACCAGUUCUAUCAGCAGUCCAAUAAAAAUAGUCAGUUCCAUGGUGGACAAUUUCAUCAACAUGGAGGACAGUUUCACCAACAUGGUGGACAGUUUCAUCAACACGGUAGACAGUUUCACCAGCACGGAAGUGGAGAGUACGCUCACUUCACAUUUAAAGAUUCCGGUCACUUUUUUGACUUUGAUAACUUGUUCCAUGGGAUGGGUGGAGAUAACAUGUUCAGUUCAUUUGAAAAGAAAGCAAAAGGAAGUAAAGGUUCUGGUCACAAAGCAAAGGACUUUGAAUUUGAUUUUGGCGGCGGAGAUAUCUUUGAACAUUUCUUUGGGGAUCACAAACAUUUUGGCCACUCAAGGGAUAAUUUUGCACACUGGCACGGCCAUGGAAAGGAUCAUUCUCAUAGCUUUGUCCACAACAUGCACCAGAAGUCUUCACAUAGCAGACAGCAAAGAUGUCAACAAGUUACACAGCGAGUGGGCGGUCAAACAAUCACGUACACUCAGUGCUCAUGA